AACGGAGGCAAUUAUAAGUUUGGUAAGGUGUUUAUUCUCUCAUCAUUUCCUAUAAGGCUUACUGAUAGUUCUGUUUGGUUUUUGUUGGAUUUUUGUUCAAGUGCGUACAAACAAAAAAAAUUGAAUGUUUCGCUUUGUAUGCUCAUUUCAGCUGCCUUAUAUUUGUUUUCCUGCUUUUAGGAAUCAUUAAUUUUCAUCAGGAAUAUUUAAAAUAUUUCCUUCAAUGCUAUAACCAUUUCUUUGUUUGCCAGUUACCCAGGCCUGCACAGACGUCGUAAUUAUCUGCCCUUAUAAAAGUCAGAAGGACACUUGACAAAUCUUAGCAGUUGUCAAGAUGCGUUCGGUCCAAAUAUUGGUGAUUUUCUGUUGUUCUUACUUGAUUGUGCUCGGCGAAACUAGCUCGGUGGGCAAGGACGCCUGGCUGCGUCCUGGCUGCCACAAAGUUGGAAACACGCGAAAAAUUUCCAUUCCUGAUUGCGUAGAAUUCACCAUAACGACCAAUGCGUGCCGCGGAUUCUGCGAGUCAUACUCAGUGCCCUCGGUUCCCUGGACGGGUUCAUCGCUAGCUGUUUUAUUCAAGCCACCGAAGCCAGUGGUAAGUGUUGGUCAAUGUUGCAACAUGAUGAAGUCCGAAGAGAUACAACGUCGCGUCCUAUGUAUAGAAGGUAUUCGAAACUUCACCUUUAAGAGUGCUGUGUCCUGCAGCUGUUAUCACUGCAAAAAGGAUUAGAUGAGAGCAAAACUUAAAAAUUUUAUGCUUGAGCCACCUUCUU